CGGCCACAUGUAUAAUAAUUAUACUCGUGUCAUACCUGUCGCCUGAUAUAAUAUAAAAAAUACAUUUUAUUUUCACACCUUAACAAGUUUACCAAGUUUUGCACAUGCUUAAUUUUAGUUUUAAUUUUUAACACCUACGCGUAUUUUGACAAAUAGAACUGAAACCAGUCUUGAGAAACAUAAACGCAUUACUGUCAAGCAUGUUGAGCUGCGUAAACGAAAUUCAAAACUUCGUGUUUGAAAUGAUCAACGAUGAAUGGGAACAGUUCAAAAGUGAAACCCAUAGAGCUACUUCCGUCAAAACGGUUACGGAUGCUCAUAUGUCGUUUUUGGAAUCAAUUACGAGAUGUGUGAAUAGUGGAUCUGUGUCAUUGGACGCGUAUGUUGAAUCGUUGAAAAUACACGUCGAAAGGUUUUCUAAUGUUUUACGUUGCCUCGUUGACACAAUGGAAUCUUCGUCGUCCGAAGACCCGAAAACCCGAAAGUGCAGCAAACUUUGUGAAGAAAACAACACGAUUAAUGCAUUUAUGGACAAUUUCGGCGAUAUAAAAAAACAAUACGAGACGGAACUCGGCGACUUUUUGAUAAAACUUAAGAAAGGCGAGACACGAGGUCUAGGAGCACUAGCAUUUAGGAUCGACUUUAACGGCUAUUACUCAACCAAUGUGAGUUGCAUAUAUUGGGCCCGACCGUGUGUAGUUAUUACGGAUGAGUGAUCUCGAACAGUAAGUUUGUGACAAUAUAUAAUGUCAUCGAUGUUCAGCUUUUUUUUCUAAAAAUACACCUUUAACUUAUACGAUUUAUAAAUUAUUAUUAUUUUUUCACCAUAAUUCCAUAUGGAAAACCGGUAUUUGCUAGGUAGGUACCUAAUCGACGGCGGAACACGAUUCCGCCGUUUUA